CACGGCUCUGGGCUCAUUGUUGCCCAUUAAUUUAGUAAUCAAUAAUGUCACUCUACUUCUAUUCAAUCUCUCUGCACCAUACUCUGUUUCCUGCACACCUUUUUUCUUCAUUUUUCAGUUAUAAAUCCAACCAUCAUGAGCGCUACGAUUUUGCGUCCAUUAAAUUUCAUUCUCUUUUCUCUUUUCUUUCCAGAAAAGCAAAAAAAAAAACAAGAGUGUUGUUUGCUUCUGAGGAAUUUUCUCUCAGCUGGCUGGGGAAAUUCCAACAGCUCAUUGGGUUUCAUCUGCUUAAUUGGGAAAUCGGCAAUGGAGAAGUACUUCAAUGGUGUUGGAAUUCGAGUUGGGUUUUACGUUUUCUUGGUUUUUGCUGGUCCGUACGUACUGUUUGGCACUGGCCAAUUAGAAGACUAUUCCAUAGAUACAGCAGCUCCAAUGGAGGAGAGGGAGAGAGAGGCAUUGUAUAGUGGCAUUCAAGGGUUUGUUGGGAAGUGGUGGAAUGGUUCAGAUCUCUAUCCGGACCCUUGUGGUUGGACUCCAAUACAGGGAGUCUCAUGUGAUUUGGUCAAUGGCUCAUGGUAUGUUUCUGCUCUUGACAUUGGACCUGUUUAUGACAACUCCCUCGACUGCUCCCCAAAUGCAGAAUUCACCCAUCACGUGUUCGACCUCAACCAUUUAAAAUCCCUCUCCUUCUACAAUUGCUUUACCCAAAAUACCCUUACGCUUACCGCAUCAAACUGGGGCAAACUAGCGAACAACCUACAAACCCUAGAGUUCCGAUCGAACCCUGGCCUCACCGGAGAAAUUCCCGCAACUUUUGGCAACCUCAAAAGCCUCCAAUCCCUAGUUCUGCUUCAGAAUGGACUACAAGGUCAAUUACCGACGGAGAUGGGCAAUUUGGUAAAUUUGAAACGCCUCGUCAUCGCCGGAAACCGACUCGCGGGUCGGAUUCCGGCUGCCUUGGGAAGCUUGAGUAAGCUCUUGAUACUCGACUUAAACAGGAAUUCUCUUUCCGGGUCAGUGCCGUCGACUUUCGGGAAUCUGACCUCACUCCUAAAGCUCGACCUGAGCAGAAACGAAUUGGAAGGGAAAUUGCCUGUGGAAAUUGGAAACCUGAGGAACCUGACGCUGCUAGACCUGAGUGCCAACAAGUUUUCAGGUGGGUUACCAACAUCACUUCAAGAAAUGGUUUCUCUGAAGGAAAUGUCGUUAUCCGAGAACCCAAUUGGUGCUGGCCUCGGUGGAAUUCAGUGGGAAAAUCUAGAGGAUUUGGAAUUCCUCGAUCUUUCUAAUGCGGGUUUGACAGGGAAAAUCCCUGAUUCCAUAACAGAAUUGAAAAGCUUGAGAUUUCUUGGACUUGUCAACAACAGUCUGUCGGGAAAUAUAUCUCCAAGGUUUCAAUACAUGCCCUGUAUCAGUGCGCUUUACCUCAGCGGGAACAACUUCACGGGGGAAAUUGGAUUCCCGGCGUCGUUUUACGGGAAGAUGGGAUGCCGUUUUCGGGCUUCAGAAAAUCCCAAUCUCUGUUCCUCUGUUGGGGGAAUAAUGACAAGAAGAAAUGUUGUUCCAGUUGGGGUGAAACCUUGUCAAAAAGAGAAGGGUAGUAGUAGUGCUCCUGAUAUAGGCUCAAUUGGGAGGAUCAGUUUAGGUGAUUGGAAUCAGAAUUCCCAUUUUGUUGCCUCUUUGGGGGUCUCAAUCUCUGGUUUUAGGGCAAAAGAGAUGGUUAUUUUACUUGUUUGGAUUAUGGUCUUGUAGGGCAGAAGAAGGUAUUUCUUCUGUAUGUUAGAACUAAGGUAGCUAGCCAGCCUUGGCAUGCAGCUGAAAUUCUUUAUUUUUCACCAACAUGUCAUCAUUGUAUUUCUUGCACAUUUUCUACUGUUUUUUUUUUUAACUCUCCUUUUGGCAUAUCCUUUUUCUUGGAAGAAAGUUUUGAUUGCAACCGU